AGCGACUCGUGUGUUAGUGAAGCUAGAGAUCAUCUAUCAGUCAAAGAAGAGAAGGCUUCUUUUCGUUGUUCCUCAGAUCGAAGAAGAAGAAGAAGAGCUUAGCAAAAAUGGCGGCGAAACCAAUUGCGAGUCCGAUUCCGGUGGCGUUGUAUCCGACUUUGUCAGUGUUCACUUUGGCGAUUGGCCUCGUCAUUACUGCUAUCUUCUUCAUCUACGAAGCUACAUCAUCCAGGAAAAACCGAAGCCUCGGAAAGGAGCUCGCUACUUCAGCAGUUGCAUCUGUCUUCUUGGGUUUUGGAUCGUUGUUUUUGCUACUUGCUAGUGGUGUUUAUGUCUGAUCCUUCUUCCCCAAUACUAUUCCCUAUUCCCUACUAGUUCAAAAGACAAAAACAAAUGAAAUCAGAUUUAUUUUUGUUCAAGUGAAAUCAGAGUUAUGAAUGUCAGACUUUGAGAAAAGUAGUCUUUAAACACAAAGUUGCAAACUUGCAAUUAAUUAUCUUGUGCUAUUGAAUGCGAAAAUGGAGUUUUGGAUGGCCGCUUA